AUGGUUUUUCUGUUGUUUCUGUAUGAGUUUGAGCGUGAGCUAGACCUGAACGAGUUCUGCGAGGGUGCUGGGGUGUAUACGCUGCACUCGGUGUCUGUACACCAGGGAGACGUCAACUCAGGCCACUACUACUCCUUUGUUAGACCCGCACCAGGCACACAGUGGAUGCGGUUUGACGAUGAGAAGGUGUAUCAUGUGAGCGAAUAUGCUGCAAUCGGAGACAACUUUGGUGGAGAAGAACUCGAAAGUUAUAAUUACCUCAGGGGAGAGAGAAAACCACGGACGCGGAACAAACCCUACAACGCCUACAUCCUCGUCUAUGUUAAUAAGGCGCAGGCCCCCACCCUCCUCGCCGAUUGCAACCCCCUCAAGGCAAGCAGCAGCAGCAGCAGCAGCAGCAGCAACAGCAGCAGCAGCAGCAGCAGCAGCAGCAGCAACAGCAGUGAACCCUCAAAUCCUUACUCGGUGCCGCACAGAGGAGCAGUUGCGGCGUCUCCGCGUUUCGAUAAGAAACGCACUCGAGAAAACUGUCAGUCUAUCUCUCCUCUUAUUGAGCUGAAGCGCAGCAGAGACGACGUGCUGCAGCAGCUGCAUGCAUCGAUAACAGAGGAGUUAUCGAGGCUUUUAUAUGGUGGAGAACAGCAGCAGCAGCAGCAGCAGCAGCAGCAGCAGCAGGAGGAGGAGCAGCAGGCAUAG